UUUUCUUGGCGCGUUGUAUUUUACUAUGCAUCCAUUUAUGUUAAGUUUCCCAAUUAUGCAUAAAUGGUAGAAAAUGUGAAAAUAAGAAAUAUGGGUCUCGCAGCACCAACCCACGCAUAAACCACGAAUAUUUAAAUUGCUGUGCACUUUAUGCGAUGCGGUGAUCCAUACGGCAUAGUUAGUAUGUUAUGCCGUGGUAUUGCCCGUGCUGUGCUGCCGUAAUGUAGGAAUGCAGCGUAGUUGAUCGUUUAAGGUGAGAAAUGUGCCUUAAAUGGCAGUGAAGAAGAGCGAACCACCAUUUCUAUGCAGUGGUGAUAUUUCACAAAAUUAGAAUAAUAUUUCCUUUAUGGACAGGAAGCAUAAUUUAGUAUUUUACGUUCAGGAUAGCAUCACCAUAUUACCAUGCAUGGUACGGUGUUGUGCUGAUCUACACCAAUCACACGCUCUUUUAUGGCCUGCCAGUGUGCCCUACGUACCAAUAUGAACAGCAUUGCUAAUUGCACAUAAAUAGAGGUGUGCAGCGAAAUGAUUAGCAAUAUUGUUUGUUUAUUGCAUAAACAAAUAAGAUAUUACAUAAUAAGACUCUUCUAGAUUUGGAGAUGCCUAUUUAAAGGAUACCUUUGCAUUUACUGAUCGUGGUGCGUACACGUGAGAGAAGAGCUGUCACGAAAUAAUACUGAGCAUGAACAGAACGAUCUGUAGUUGCUAUGUAUAACAUGAAGAACAGUAAGGCACGAACAAAUUGCUGCACAACAAAAUAUAAAGAGCAUGUUCAUGCAUUAAUGGUAAGAAUAUGAACCAUAAGAACGCAUUAGCACUUAGCGUCUUUCAUCACCGUUAACUCGUCCUCAUCAUUUUUAUUUUCGCAUAAAAAAUACGCCCACCCCAAAAAUGCCUAAACUAACCAAAAUAUUCCCCAAUUUAUCAAAAGCACGUGCUCUGCUGAAUCAGCAUGCAUAUGACCAGGCAAUAGAACUUUAUUCGGAGAUAUUGCUCAAGGAAGGUGGAGAUGAAGAACGGGAUGGUGCGGAUGAGAAGAAUGAUGUGGAGGAGAAGAAUGAUGUGGAGGAGAAGAAUGAUGUGGAGGAGAAGAAUGAUGUGGAGGAGAAGAAUGACGUAGAGGAGAAGAAUGAUGUGGAGGAGAAGAAUGAUGUGGAGGAGAAGAAUGAUGUGGAGAAGAAGAAUGAUGUGGAGGAGAAAAAUGAUGUGGAGGAGAAAAAUGGUACAAAGAGCGAAGGAAUAAAGAAAGAAAAUAAAACAGCAGAACAACAAUCAAUGCAUAAACGCAUAAGCGAGAAUAAAGAAAGUGCAGAGCAAGCAGGUAAAAUAGGGUACAAAGCGUACAUUUACAUAGAAUACGCACAUUGCUUGAUAAAAAAUGUGAGCAAUUAUUUUCAGACCCUGCUGCACUGCCUUAACACGCACCAGCCAUCAAUUUUACAGAAGAAAGAGAUUUACGAGGAAGACCUUGAAAUAGCGUGGAACGUGCUUGAACAGGCCCGUCUUUACUUCAAAAUGAAGAACGAUACGCAUCAACUGAAGAAGGUUUAUUUUCUGCAGGGAGAGAUUUAUCUGCUGAACGAUCAGUACGCUGAUGCGAUCAAGGAGUUCAACAACUGCCUGCUCGUGAACGACGAGCAGUUCGUGAACGAUGGCACGGUGUACAAACGGAUCGGAGAUAGUUACUUUUUCCUUGGCGAUAAGGAAAUGGCAACCACCUUCUACGAGAAAGGGAUGGUCUACUACAACGGGGUAGGGAAUGCCAAGAAGAGUAGGGAAGUUGAAGUUUUGUUGAUGAGUGCUAGGGAGAAGGAGGAGAUGGGCUUUAGAGAUGACGGGGAACAAAAAGAGAGCAAGGAGGUCGAGAAUGAAAAAGUGGUUGUUGAUGUCACCCAUCUGAUAAGGAAGAAGAAGUUGUGAUAGGUGGUAAAUAAAUUAUGUUAGGGGCUUGUGUUGAAGGGAGGUGCUGUAAUGCUAUUAAAUUGGUAGAACCGUA